UGAGGCAGAAAUGCUAGUAGGUUCUCUAGGGGCAUGAGGUUUGUUUAUUGUGCCACACUUUUUGUGGAAGAAGACAUCAUUGAUGCGGCAGUCAUGAAUGUGAAAAGAGGACAUAAAAACUGAAAUGUGAAGAAAAUACGUACUUCUUAUUUGCUUUGGAAGAUUUCCUUUAUUCAAUCCAUUUUUGUUAUUAUUUUAAUUUAAAAUGAAUAAAGGUAAAAUCCCCCCCCCCAAAAAAAAGAAAGAAAGAAAGAAAGAAAAAAGAAGGAAUGUAGGAGACUGAAGAAGAAUGUCAGACCUGCCGACAUUAAAGCCCAAAGCCCUUGAUAUGGAUGGAAACGCCAUGCUUCUUAGUGCCUCCUCAGAAUGGAGGACCUUUUUUGGAAUGAAUGGAGGGCAUGUCCUGGAAAAGGAGGACGUGGGACUUGAAAGCACACAAGACAGAGUCAGAGCAACCUUUCUGAAAGCAGCCCUCCCUCGUCCUUCCCAAGGAAAGAGAGGAAGGCCCUCCUCCUCCAGCACCCCUCCUUCCCUCCUCCUGGGAAAACUACAAGUCCCAGAAUCCUCCGGCCCCUUCCUUCCCUGCCUCCCUCCUCCCCACACCUGCCCCGGAGUCCCUCCCUUCUGUGGUCCAGAGAAAGAGAGAGAGAGAGAGCGAGGAGGACGGAGGCUGGAGGCCGACGAAGAAGAGGAGGAGGAGGAGGAGGAUGGAGAGCGGCCAGGCGGCGGGGUUAGCCUCCUCCUCGUGUGGCUGGCGGAGCGGAGGCAAGGCCAGCCCCAGCCCCAGCCCCAGCCCCCCGUCCUCGGCCCCCGGCGGCAAGUGGGUCCGGCUCAACGUCGGCGGCACUGUCUUCCUGACCACCCGCCAGACCCUCUGCCGCGAGCAGAAGUCCUUCCUCUGCCGCCUCUGCCAGGGAGAGGAGCUCCAGUCCGACCGGGAUGAAACAGGUGCGUACCUCAUCGACAGAGAUCCCACUUAUUUUGGACCCAUUCUGAAUUUCCUCCGACAUGGGAAACUAGUGUUGGAUAAAGAUAUGGCUGAGGAAGGGGUUCUGGAGGAAGCUGAAUUUUAUAACAUUGGGUCUCUGAUCAGAUUGAUAAAGGACAGACUAGAGGAAAAGGACUAUACCAUAACACAGGUGCCUCCAAAACAUGUAUACCGAGUGCUGCAGUGUCAGGAGGAAGAGCUCACACAAAUGGUUUCCACAAUGUCUGAUGGAUGGCGCUUUGAACAGCUGGUGAAUAUUGGCUCAUCUUAUAAUUAUGGGAAUGAAGACCAGUCUGAGUUUCUGUGCGUAGUCUCUAAGGAGCUCUGUAGUUCACCUAGUGGCCUGUGUUCUGAGUCCAGUCGGAAAAUUAAGAACACAGAUGAUGAUCUGGAACGGGAAGAGCAGAAUGAUCAAGAGCAGCAGCACCACGGAGUGGAGCAGGAAGAGGCAGAGGAGGCAGCUGAAGAAGAGGAAGAAAAAGGUGCAGCAAAUCUCUAAGGAGAGCACUGACAAAAAUAAACCCAAAUCUAAAGCCAUCUAGGGCAUCGCCUUCCUAGAGGAGAGCUGGUGGUGGAGAAGCAUGAAUGGAGGCCAUGUGGGAACACCUGUGGAAAGAAAAAGCAAUACUUGGUGGCAAAGGAUUUUAGAAAGCUGGAGAAGGAACAGAUUUCUUUCUCCUUUUUUUGGCAGUUGCAGAAUUUAGGCAUAAUUUGUUUUUUUUAAUGUUGAAUAUUACAACAAGAUCAGUUACCCAGGUUUUAUUGAUUGUAUCUUUAUUUCCUCCUCCCCUUUAGAUCCAUUCACUUUAUUUCUGUUCUUUCCAUGAUGCCUGUUUCCCUUUCUUGAUAUUUGUUUCCUUGCAUCCUACUUUUAUGUAAUGUCAAGUCUUCUCUUGGACUCCCUCAGUUUGUCUAUUCCUCUAGAUUUCUCCUCUUUCUUCUUCUUCUCUCACUUCUCCUCUGCAAGCACAGCUUCCAUCUUCACUCCCAGACCUGUUUCACUGACUCUCAUCAUCUCCUUCUGGGACUCUUUUGGUGGGCUAGUAUCAGAGCCAAGAGAGGAUGGGAUACCAUUUUUAAGAUGACAGCUCUUAGAACUGAUCAACCAGCACAGCCCCUGGCCAUCUUUGCUGGGAAAGUUUGGGAGAUGUAGUCCAAAGUUAUUUUCCCAAGACUUGGUCUAUAAUGUAUGUGUAUAGGGCCCAUUCAUGUUCUAAAUUUGUUCUCUGUCAUAGCUCUCAUAUUUCUGGGAUAGAAAAGAUGCAGAGGUUGGGCUGCAAAAGAUAUGGCGUGAACACAUGUAGCUGCCUUUUUCUAGCAUAGGGUUGGGGAUUGGGCAUCCCUCCAGGUGAUGUUGGGCUGCAAUUCCCAGCAUUUGUCCUCAUUGAUUAUGCUGCCAAAGUCUGAUGGGAGGAUGAUUCUCACCCCUGAACCUAGUCAGGUCAUUGGUCCCUGUGGCCUAGCACUGUUUGUCUUUGAUUGGCAGCAGCUUUCUGGGAUCUAAAAAGUAGCAUUUUUCCUUGGUAUCUUAUCCGGCAAUUAAGCUGAGGAUUUUGUACAUGCAAAGCAUGUGCUGUCAGUUCAGCAAGUGUCACUCCUCCUCAAAACUGGCAGACAGUGCUGUUUCUGAUGUGAUCUAAGAAAAAGAUAAAUGUUCUGUACCACAAACAGCCAUGUAUCUCUGCUUGCAAUAAAGUAUACAAGUUUACAUUUAGCUAAAUAAGCCUGCUUCUGCUUGCAGUGCAUAUGAUUGAUUGCUCAGGGCAGGCAAUAUGGCCUGAGGAAACAGAACAGUGAGAGGAGGGAGAUCAGAGUCUCUGCAAGAAUCAUUGCAGAAACAGUAUGGAGUGUAGUAAAUCUGAAUUGUGCCCCUCCUACCUCAGCUUGGUUUUUCCUCUUUAGCAGGCAUUGCUUAUCACCAUUAGUACUUCUCCCUCCCCUGCCUUGUAAUCUUGAGGACUAGAACCGUAAGGCUGGAGUACUAAAGAUGCCAAUGCUUAUGACAGAAUCCAGCUCUUGGCUGCAAUCCAAUACAGAGUUAGGUGCUCUUAAGACCAUUGAUUCCAACAGUCCAAACAAAAGGGAGAGUGUAGCAAUUGCUGUCUGCUUCCCCAAAUGAGAUCUCUCCCUGGAAAGGGAUCUCUGAUUCUUUUGGGGAAAUGAGGCACAGUUCCUGGUACCUUGCAUGAAAAUGUCAAUAUCUGCCUUGCUUUCUAUAUACAAAAAUGUAUUCCAUGGGAACAUACACUGUCAUGCUUCAUCAGAGCUUGGAAAUAUUACCUUUUAAGUUUGUUAUUCCCAGAAUCUAUGGGCUGUACAGGCUGUGGAUUUUGGGAGUGAUGGUCCAUUUAAAGCAGCUUUUCCAAGCUCUGUUUUUCAUACUUAGAGGUAUAUUGUCCUCUUCUCUGAACUAGAACUCAGGAAGCAAAAGGGCUGUGUUUUCUGUUAACAAAGUUUUUUUAAGACACUGUUGAGGCUGGACUUGAAAUGCUCUGUUGGUUUCUGCAGCAAGAGAUUGGAGAAUUCAGUUCUGGGACAAGGACAGGGAAUUUUUGGCUGCCCUGAUGUUUGGAACUCUGGGUCCAACAAUGCCUUGCCAUUAACUAUGCCAUUCGGGGCUUCUGGUUGCUGAUGUACCAAACAAGGAGAGCCAAAAUUUUCGCAUUCUUCUUCUAGGAUGAGGUGGGCAAAUUGUGUCUAUCCAUAUGUUGGAUUCCAAUUCCCAUCAGUCUUAAUUGUCUGGUGGUAGUUAUGGCCCUUCAUUGAUAUUGAUGGACUGUGCUGAAAAUCUCUCCUUUUACUGUCCAGGACUAGUUUCAACGUGAAUGACACAUAGCCCUGUAGAUUACCAAUGCUUUGUACAUGCAUGGUUUCCCCUUUCUUUCUGGCUGUUCUUCCACUCACCACAUUUUCUCUUCUUAUUUUUUUCCCCUUUAUUUGGUCUCCCAUGCCCUUCAGUCUUGCCACUUUUUAAGCUGUUACAAACCAGAUGUCUCAGGAUAUUAUGCUGAUGAUGAUCAAUGUCUUUUUUUUUUAAUGUUAACUUUUAAAUCUUUAUUUUUGUACUGUACUUUGUAAGAAUAAAACACAACCUGGGUGGACAGUCAAAGUUA